UCUACUGCUAAACCUUGCUUUUUCUUGUUUGUUGAAACUUGAAAGCGUGUUUGGCUCUUGUAACGCUCAACCCGGAAAAAAAAAAAAAAGGUAGAACGAAGGCAUCCAACCGUUUUAGUUGCUUUGAUCUCUGUGCCGCCGCGUCUCAUAAAAAUAUAAAAGAGAAAUGGAAGAAAGAGGUGGUUGCAACAAUAACAAGAGUUCUUCUUCUUCUUCUCCAAAGGGAAAGAGAGAUGAUAUUUACCAUGUGCUUCACAAGGUUCCUUUUGGGGAUGGACCUUAUGUUAGAGCCAAGCAUGCUCAGCUGGUAGAUAAGGACCCUGAAGCUGCAAUUGUAUUAUUUUGGAAAGCAAUAAAUUCAGGGGAUAAAGUGGACAGUGCCUUGAAAGAUAUGGCAGUGGUGAUGAAACAGUUAGACAGAUCCGAAGAAGCAAUUGAAGCCAUUUGCUCAUUUAGAAGCCUCUGCCCCAAACAAUCUCAAGAAUCUCUUGAUAAUGUACUAAUAGAUCUGUACAAGAAAUGUGGAAAACUGGAUGAGCAAAUAGAAUUGCUGAAGCGAAAGCUGAAGUUGAUCUACCAAGGCGAGGCCUUCAAUGGAAAACUCACAAAGACAGCACGUUCUCAUGGCAAGAAGUUCCAAGUUUCAAUUAAGCAGGAAACUUCAAGACUACUGGGAAACCUAGGAUGGGCCUACAUGCAAAAGUUGAAUUACAUAAUGGCAGAGGUAGUUUAUCGGAAGGCCCAACUAAUUGAUCCAGAUUGUAACAAGGCUUGUAACUUGGGCCUGUGCCUCAUCAAACAAGCCCGUUAUGAAGAAGCCCAAUUAAUACUUAAUGAUGUUUUAGAAGGCAAAUUACCAGGCUCAGAUGAUGGCAAGUCAAAAAAACGGGCCCAAGAUCUCUUAACAGAGUUAAGAUCCCUUCUUCCUGCACCGCAUUUAUCGGAUAUUUUGACCCUUGAUGAUGAGUUCAUCAAAGGCCUUGAACAGAUGAUGAAUCAAUUGGGGCCGGUUAGAUCAAAGAGACUUCCAAUUUUUGAGGAGAUUUCUUCAUUUAGAGAUCAGUUAGCAUGUUAAGUUUCCACUAUGUACAGAUUUGGUCAUACUUAUUCCUUUUGUUUAUCGCCUGCUUCUUUUCUUUAAUUUUCUAAGUGUUGAUAUUUUGGGUGGGGGAAGAGGAAAUAGAAAUAGAGUAUACAGGGUGAAGACUAAAUUAAAGUUGAGUGAAGAUUUUUAUGUAAAUUAUGAAAGUAACAAGCCUGAUGUAAACUUUUUAAUAAGAAAAACUUGCUUUCUUAAAAUUGUACUUAUUUUAUAGUUAGAAAUAGAACAAAAUAAAUAAAAGGAUUAUUGUUACGGACAUGACUCUUGGGUUACACACCAGAAUGGCCUCUGACCCGAUUAACCGGGGAUGACCUUAUCUAACGGCCCGAACUGGCU